GACCGGACUACCAGGUCCUGCACUGUUUGGCGUGGGCGCUCCAUUUCCCGGCGGCACAGCCAGCACGUUCUUUUCGAGGAUGUCGGCGCCAGACGCCAAGAAGACCAAGCCAUCAGGCGGCGGCGUGAAGGCGGCGGUGAAGACGCUGGCGGCCAACGCACAGCUCUCGGCGGAAGAGGCCAGCACUGCCAUGCGUGAGAUCAUGGGGGGCGAGGCCAGCCCGGCACAAGUGGGCGCUUUCUUGGCGCUUCUAACGCUGGAGAAAUGCAGCGCGGAGAUUGUCCACUCCUUGGCUGACGUGAUGCGCUCCAACGCCUUGCUGGUGGAGGUUCCGAGAUCGGAGGACCUGAUCGUGGACAUCGUCGGCACUGGCGGGGAUGGCCAGGAUACCUUCAACAUCUCUACCGCCGCGGGGCUACUGGCGGCCGGCGCAGGUGUUCGGAUCGUGAAGCACGGGAACCGUGCGGCUUCCUCCAAGAGCGGGGCCGCGGAUAUCUUGGAGGCCUUGGGCGCUCGACUGGAGCUGACGCCGGCAGAGGUGCAGCCUGUGCUCUCGGCUGGAAACUUCGCCUUCCUCUUCGCGAGGUCCUACCACCCCGCCAUGCGCCAUGUGGGCCCCAUCCGUUUGGAGCUGGGCAUCCGAACAGUCUUCAACAUCCUGGGGCCCUUGACCAAUCCCGCGAAGCCGGAUGCCAUGGUCUGCGGUGUGUACACCGAGAGCCUGGGUCGGCUCUUCGUGGAGGUCUUCAAGAUGCUGGGCAUGCGGCGGGCGCUGGUGGUGCACGGCUGCGAGGGCUUGGACGAGCUGUCCAUCGCCGGGCCCUCCAAGGUGUGGGAGCUAAAGGAAGGCGGCGAGAUCGUGGAGUACCAGGUUCGGCCCGAGGACUUUGGCGUGGCCGUGCACCCCUUGAUUGAGGUGGCUGGCAACAGCCCGGAGGAGAACGCCCAGGAGAUGCGGGAGCUGCUGAAGGGCCAGGGCCGCCUGGCGGUGAGAGAGAUGGUGCUCAUGAAUGCCUCCGCGGCUUUGUACGUGGCCGGCAAGGUGCCCAACUUCAAGGCUGGCACAGAGGCCGCGAAGGCGGCGAUGAGCAACGGCUCGGCGGUCAAGACCUUGGAGGCCUACGUGUCCUCUUCGCAAGGCUCAGCUGCCCCGGCAAUGUGAGCUGGACGGUGGAAUCACGUGUUUGGGAAAUGUGGGAGUGUUUUUUGUUGA